AUGAGUUAGUCGUAAUUUGUUCUGAAUAUUUCUAUGGUGUGAUUGUGUGCGGUGCGUUUGCGCAUUUGAUUUGAUAAUUUAUUUACCGGUCCAAAAUGUCGGACGUUGAGGACGACUUUAUGUGUGAAGAAGAGGAGGAUUAUGGAUUGGAGUAUUCAGAAGACAGCAACUCAGAACCCGAUGUGGAUCUGGAGAAUCAGUACUACAACUCCAAAGCAUUAAAAGAGGAUGACCCUAAAGCUGCCCUGGCAUCUUUCCAGAAGGUUUUGGAAUUAGAAGGUGGCGAGAAGGGAGAAUGGGGAUUUAAGGCUUUGAAACAGAUGAUUAAAAUCAAUUUUAAACUGAACAACUACCAAGAGAUGAUGGUGAGGUACAAACAGCUGUUGACCUACAUCAAGAGUGCUGUUACCAGAAACCACAGUGAAAAGUCAAUAAACUCUAUACUCGACUAUAUAUCUACAUCCAAAAAUAUGGAACUACUACAAGACUUCUAUGAAACUACAUUAGAUGCUUUAAAAGAUGCCAAAAACGAUAGACUGUGGUUUAAGACAAAUACUAAGCUAGGGAAGUUGUAUUAUGAUAGAUCAGACUUCAACAAAUUAGCCAAAAUUCUCAAACAGCUUCAUCAAUCUUGCCAGACGGAUGAAGGAGAAGAUGAUCUCAAGAAAGGUACUCAACUGUUAGAAAUUUACGCUUUAGAAAUCCAAAUGUACACUGCACAGAAGAACAACAAGAAGCUGAAAACCUUAUACGAGCAAUCACUGCACAUAAAAUCUGCCAUUCCUCAUCCACUAAUUAUGGGUGUCAUCAGAGAAUGUGGUGGGAAAAUGCACCUGAGAGAAGGAGAGUUUGAGAAAGCUCACACAGACUUCUUUGAAGCAUUCAAGAACUAUGAUGAGAGUGGGAGUCCGAGGAGAACAACCUGUUUGAAGUAUUUAGUCCUAGCAAAUAUGUUAAUGAAGUCCGGCAUCAACCCGUUCGACUCACAGGAAGCCAAACCGUAUAAGAACGACCCGGAAAUCUUGGCCAUGACUAACUUAGUUUCGUCCUACCAAAACAAUGACAUUAAUGAAUUUGAAACUAUAUUGAAAAAACAUAGGAAAAAUAUAAUGGAUGACCCUUUUAUUAGAGAACAUAUAGAAGAUCUGCUGAGGAACAUCAGGACACAAGUGUUGAUAAAACUAAUAAAACCUUACACGAGGAUCCACAUCCCCUUCAUCUCUAAGGAACUGAACAUUGAUGCCAGUGAGGUGGAGAGUCUGCUAGUCUCCUGUAUACUAGACAGCACCGUGCGAGGGAGGAUUGAUCAAGUGAACCAAGUGCUAGAAUUGGACAAGGAAAGUGUGUGUGGUGCGCGGUACAAUGCAUUGGACAAAUGGACCAAUCAGUUGGCAUCGUUACACCAAGCCGUGGCUAACAGGAUGUGGUAGACGGACAGAUGAACGGACACUUUUGUUGUUUCAUGCUCAACGUAUACUCUAUGUAAUUGCUAUCUACAAUCGAGCUCAGUGGACUUGUCGAUAACAGUUAUAUUGUAUCCAUUGGGGCUGUUAAUAUGUGAUGUACAGAUUUUUUUAUUUUAACACAGUAAGGAAUUGUAUAAUAAACACGAGUAAUUCGACAUCCUGCUGGUGAUUGUAUUUUUAAUAAUGCUACUGUUCCGAGCUACUACUGUGACAAUUACUUAUAGCUGUAUAUUAAUUUAUUUUUAAAUUAAAUUGUUAUAUUGAAUUUUUCGCAUUUUGUGUAAUGCAUACGUUUUCUUUUAAAGCUCUCAAUGGUAUUUUUAUUAUCAGUUACCAUUAACAGAACAAUGAAAAUAUAUUCUUGAAAUGAUUUUCUA